AUGGUACCUAGAAAGCUUCAUGAUCUAUUCAACAAGUUUGGUGUGGUGAAGGAUGUUUUCAUUCCACAAAAGAGGAAAGCAACAAAUACCAGAUUUGGGUUCAUGCGUUAUGAUUGUUCUAUUGCAGCUGAUGUAGCUGAACAAAAGGCCAAUGGUUUGUGGGUUGAUGAUAAGUCUUUAUCAGUUAAAAUUGCAGAAUAUGGUAAAGGAAUAGAGGAUAGGCAGAGGCAGAAACCUCUACCACCAAGAUACUUUGAACCUAGGAAGGCCAAUACUGCAGCAGCAAAACAGAUCUGGCAACAACGCACUGAUGGUAGGUCGUUUGUAGAGGUCACGAAGGGACCUGACCCCAGAUAUCAACCUUUGACAACUAUUAAAGUAGAUGAAAUCAGAAAUGGGUGGCUCUACGAAAGCAUGAUUAUGAGACUAAAACCACAUUACUUUGCUUAG